CUGCUGUGCCCGCCGGAGAGGCGAGCAAAAAGACUCGCACGGCCAAGGUAUAAAAGCCUGCAUGGCUCUUCCACAAUCAUUCGACUCUCGAUCGACUAACUUUCAGCACUCGCAGUCAUGUCCGUUUUUAAGGUUGUCGUCCUCUUUGCGGUCCUGGUCGCCGCCGUCGCUGCCCAGGAAGGCUACGGACACCAUGAAGAUUACCACGCCCACCCCCAGUACAAGUUUGAAUAUGGAGUUCACGACUCGCACACCCACGACAUCAAGCAACAGAGCGAGCAACGCGACGGCCACCACACUGACUCUGAAUACCAGGUGCUGGAGGCCGACGGCAAGAACACCCGCCACGUGAAAAUCACCGUUGACUCUCAGCCCAUCCAUGGACACCACGGUUGAUCUAGCAAAUACGUUCCUGCAGCACAAGUCUUGAUAUAAUCGAUAAGACACCCACCCUAAAUGUUAAGUUUGAUACAAUGAUGUGAUUUCUUUUUUCUAAAAUAAAGAUUUUUGUACAAGAAAA